GUCAAAGUGUCUGACAGCAGAAAAACAAUAUUCAGUGGCUUUAUACUUCAAAUCGAUUUUUUUCAUUUCGUUUGAUUGGAAUUUUGUUUUAAUUUAUUGACGUCAAAUUUGCAAGUUUUUGAUUAUGGAAUCCGAACAAGGUGCUGCUGUUGCGAGUGUGGAAAACCCGUCGACAUCGCAAUCAAUCGAAGCAACAUCAAAUGCAGAUGCAAUAGCACGACCAAGUUUAUCUCAAGAAUCUAGUGUUGACUGUGAAGACGAGAAAUCGAUUAGCCGAGAAGACAACAAAAUCUACAACAUGGACAAUUAUCAAUACGAUUUUGAUGCGAAUGACACACUCACACAGGAGCGAAAUGAAAUUGAAAAAGCAAUCAAAAACAAACAAAUCACACCCGGACGAGCCAAACUGCAGCUGUGGCUGUAUCGUUCCAUGCGCAUUGUUAUGACCGAUGGCCGAAUAUUGAUUGGCAUAUUUCUGUGUACGGACUCCGAUGCGAAUGUGAUUCUGGGUGUUUGUUCCGAGUACACAAAGAGUGGUGGUGACGAACGAAUGCUGGGGCUUGUUAUGAUACCAGGACGACACAUUGUAACAAUGCAUCUCGAUACCCGCACUUGAAAAGCCGGUUCAAGUUCGUUCAGCAGAAGUUCGUUUCACAAGUGACAGUCACAGAAUCACAGAUCAAUCCAAUUUUGAAGCAUAUGCAAGAAUAGCAUAAGAAACUUUCCUUAAAUAAACAAAUCGAUUUAUUUAUUCGCAAAACAGAA